UAAUCUGUACCAUAAUUCAAAACCUGUCACCUGACAGACCGUCAGACUGUCAUUAAAUCAAAAUGUUAAGAUAUAUUUAUUUGCUGUGUUUCAUUUAUUUCGAGCUAGUUUAUUGCUAUAACUCUAUCCACGGUACAGAGCACAGGAAAUUGAGGAGAAGGCACGAAUAUGUGGGCUACAGGGGUCAUAAGACCACGUCAAUUAGCCCUUACGAGAAUUUAGAUAUGGUAAACUUUAUGAAACCUGAAGCUGCAGUCUAUGAUUCUUAUAACGACGAGAAACCACAACAAUUAAGCAUGGAUGAGCUCCCACUGCCGCGCCUGCGCCGCUCGCGCCACGAGCCCGCCAACGAGCAGCACGUGCAAGCGCACCGCCGCCAGCACAGCCGCCAGCUCGCACACCACCCCAAGAGAAAGUGCUCCUUCGCCGCGUUCCCUUUUUUUUCCCAUAAGAACAAGACCAAACCCAAACUGAAGCACGAAAAGCGAAAAUCCCACUCCUUCAAAGUCUCAAAAACCAAAAAUCACGCUUACAACCACCCCUUGAUGCCUGACAAACGGGAACAGAUUAAAAACCAUAUACCAGAGAAGAUUGUAGUCACAACCAUGAAAGAUAUCACACAGAAUUGCAAACUGAAAAAUCCAGCGAAAAUCAUACACAACAGUAGACUAUACUUCGCUAAUCCUUAUAGUCUCAACAAUGAAGGUACUUAUGGGAAUUAAGAAGCAAGUAGUAACGAGAAAGUUAAUUAAAUAGAGAUUUAAAAGAGCUCAAUGAGGAUAGGAUAGAUUUAAAGAGAUGUACUUUGUAACAUAUUUAAAUAUAAAUGUUAUUUAUAUCAUUUGUUUCUUUAUAUGUACUUAGUCUUUACGACGGCACUCUGAAAAAUAAGAGUAUUUUUAGGGCAGUUCGUGGAAAUAGGCGCAAGAAAAUGUGUACGACUGUCAUUUCUUCACCG